CUCCACUUCUACGACUCCUCACGAACUCUGUCCGGAUGAUCGCAUGAUUCGUAAUCUUAUCAGAUCUUUCACUCAUCAACAUCAUCACAGAAGCAUUGAAUCUGCAAAGCAUUGUAUUUGUCCUAACCCUGAGUGAACAUCACCGUGUUUCAAAUGGGGAAGCAUUAUUCGAGCGUUUUAUUUACAUGAAGUUUCCUAACUCGAAAACUCACCAUGGCGACCGAGAGAACGCCACUAGUGGCAGAGCCUGAUGCCGUCAAGACAGCAGGAUGGCCUCGGCACAAUAGUGGUGACUUGAGCAAACAUACGGCUAACCAGUCUACGACGACGAACAUCCCUCCAGAGGAGUCUUCAGUAGCUUUAUCUGCAUUCAGUCACGCCUUUGUGUUGAUAGGCACUCUGCUCAUUGGAUGGUCAUAUGGCUUGGAUGGACUACUGCGAUCAACCUACCAAUCCUAUGCGGCGUCGGAGUUUGGCAAGCAUUCUCUCCUUGCUACGAUCAAUGUGCUUCGAAAUGUGAUUGCUGCCGCUGCAUAUCCGCCUGCUGCUAAACUCGCAGAUGUGGUCGGACGUCUUGAAUUGACGGUGGUUUCGGUGGUCGUGUAUGUCGCGGGCACUGCCAUCCAAGCCACGUCGACGUCGGUGACAUGGUUCAUUGUCGGCGCAGUGCUCUAUCAGAUUGGCUACACGGCCAUCAUAUUGCUGGUUGAGGUUGUGAUCGCAGACAUUACUUCGAUGCGCUCACGGCUACUCCUCAGCUAUGUACCUGCCGUCCCAUUCAUGGUGAAUGCGUGGGUCAGUGGCGAUAUCGCUUCCAUUGUCAUGAGGAACACCACUUGGCGCUGGGGUAUUGGCAUGUGGUGUAUCAUAUACACUGCUUCCGCUCUACCCAUGCUCAUAAGUCUCUACCAAGCAGGCUUGUAUGGCAGCAUGGACCAACAACAUCAUCACAAGAUAGGUGUGGUUCGCCUUCAUCAGCGUUUAGUCCAUGCUUUUCAUCGACUCGACGUGGUGGGAAUCGGCCUUGCUGUUACAGCAUUGGCUCUUAUAUUGACACCGUUAACGACCGCAGGAGGACAUUUAUCUCGAUGGCGUGAUCCAGCGGCAAUUGCUUCGCUUACUCUAGGAUGUCUCUGCACAGUGGGGUUCGUCUACUGGGAGAGUCGGUGCGCCAAGAUCCCACUGAUGCCCCGAUAUCUACUCGUGGAUCGAGGUGUUAUCGCCGCUCUAGCAAUCCGGUGCUUACUCAACUUGGCCUGGGCCGUUCAGGCCAAUUACCUGUACACGGUGUUGAUUGUGGCAUUCGACUUCUCCGUCGCUCUGGCAACACAAGUCACAGCGUUCUUCACCUUCUUCGGAGUGCUGAGCGGACUCAUCGUUGGAGCCAUCGUCUACCGGACACGAAGACUGAAGCCAUUCAUACUGCUUGGCAUAAUCCUGUUGGCUGCUUCAUUCUCCAUCUUGAUCUGGUUCCACAGUGGAACUUCCACAGCGGCACGGAACGGCAUGUUGGCAGCACAGGCUCUACUAGGUGUGGCGGCUGGGUUUUGCGCUUAUCCCACGCAGGCAUUGGUUCAGUCGGCGUCUAAGAGAGAGCAUGUUUCGGCUAUGACGGGGAUUUAUCUGGCGAUUUUCAAUAUCGGCAGUGCUGUGGGUACUUGCAUUGCGGGAGUGAUUUGGUCGGAGGUUCUGCCAUCUACUCUCGAGGACAACCUGAGCUUUCAGCAGAAUUCGACUCUGGCGAGGUCGAUCUAUCAGUCACCAUUUGAUGUGGUGCCUCAUUUCCCCGUUGGUACACCCAUUCGCUCUGCGGUUAUAACGAGUUAUGGAAAAGUCCAGGUUUUGCUUGCCGCCACAGCCCUGGGUCUCUGCGUUCCCAUGAUUGCCAUAGGUCCUUGGCUCAGCAAUCCAAAACUGUCAGAGACUCAGGCAGGGUAUGGCAAUGAUCGCGAAGAAGAAAAUGAUGACGACAGUGAUGAUGAUAAUGAUGAGGUUUGAUUUUGAGCAUCUGGCAUCUUAAGUGCCAGGCUUGUCCCAUUAGAAUCCGGGAUACCUAUAAUCCCUGUCCUAAGCCAUAUACUAUGCAAAUGACGAACUACCUAAGUUAAUUAAAAUGCGCGAAUCCUUAGCGACGCCUCCGCUAACCUGACCGAUUCGAGUUCCUGUCCCCUGAGAACACUGACCAAGAUAUUCUCUCCAUUUUGUCCAACUGCAUGAACGACAACAUUUUCGCCAUAUCCGCAAUCCGUCUGACCUGGUUCCGCCUCAUCGUACUGCUCGAAACUUUCCUUGGUGAUUCCAUCUUCUGCAUUCAGCAAUGCCUUGGCAGCCAAUUCUCUGGCAUCUUCGUAUUUGAGGAAUGAGCCCUGGAUGUUGGUUUCACGGGCUUCUCCACUGUCGUCUUCGGAAUAGAAGACGUUGGUCUGGACGACGUGAUACAGUGGUCGGUGGAUCUUGUGGUCUUCAUCGUCGCGCAAGGCGUGGACGUUGGGGGUGGUGGCGAGGCCAACGCGGAAGAUGGUGCCGUCCUUGGCCUUUGCAAAUACUGCAAGUCCUGAUCGUCGUUUAAUGCCGUGUGUCACAAAGUCGUCCUGGUUUGUGUCGUAUUCCACGAACCACUCCCUUUGAUAUCCGGCUUCAAAUAGGAGUCUGUGGGCGGCGCCUUUCGCGGCGCCUAGUGUGGUAUAUGUACCGCAGAUUCGUACCUUUUCCACGCUGUCGUUGACAUCUUCGAGUUUGGAGAGAUGUGAUGUGGUGAAGAUGACGUGGUAUAGGUUCUCAACCUUGGGUGUACCGUUGGCCGACAUUGUGAUGGAUGUUAUUUGAUGUUUGUUGGUAUUGGAUUUCGCUUUGGACUAGAUUGUGUGUGAUUGGAUUUCUGUAGGAUUUCGUGAUUUAUUUGUAGGGCUAUGAGGCUAUUCUGACUGGACCGAG